AUGGCAGUGACUGCUGGGAAUGCCACUUCCUUUCCUAUGAGUAACCACACCCGCGAGAGAGUAACCGUUGCCAAGCUUACCCUGGAAACUUUUUAUAGCAACCUCAUCCUACAGCAUGAAGAACGGGAGACCAGGCAGAAGAAACUGGAAAUUGCCAUGGAAGAGGAAGGAUUGGGUGAUGAUGAGAAAAGGCUUCGGCGCUCACAGCAUGCCAGAAAGGAAACGGAAUUCCUGCGGUUGAAGAGGACCAGACUGGGAUUGGAUGAUUUUGAGUCACUCAAAGUCAUUGGUCGGGGGGCAUUUGGAGAGGUGCGUCUAGUUCAGAAGAAGGACACGGGACACAUCUAUGCAAUGAAGAUCCUCAGGAAAGCGGACAUGUUGGAGAAGGAACAGGUGGCUCAUAUUCGUGCUGAGCGAGACAUCUUAGUGGAGGCUGAUGGUGCCUGGGUGGUGAAAAUGUUCUACAGCUUUCAAGAUAAAAGGAAUCUCUAUUUGAUCAUGGAAUUUUUACCUGGAGGUGACAUGAUGACGUUACUAAUGAAGAAAGAUACUUUAACAGAAGAGGAGACACAGUUCUACAUAGCAGAGACUGUAUUGGCCAUUGACGCAAUUCAUCAGCUGGGCUUCAUCCACCGGGACAUCAAACCAGACAACCUGCUAUUGGAUGCUAAGGGUCAUGUCAAGUUGUCGGACUUUGGUCUUUGUACGGGACUGAAGAAGGCCCACCGGACAGAAUUCUACAGGAAUUUGAGCCAUAAUCCUCCCAGUGACUUCACAUUCCAGAAUAUGAACUCAAAGAGGAAGGCAGAGACCUGGAAGAAGAACAGAAGGCAGUUGGCCUAUUCCACAGUUGGGACUCCCGAUUACAUCGCCCCUGAAGUUUUCAUGCAGACAGGAUAUAACAAGCUUUGUGACUGGUGGUCAUUGGGUGUCAUCAUGUAUGAGAUGUUAAUAGGAUAUCCUCCAUUCUGUUCAGAAACGCCACAGGAGACGUAUCGGAAAGUGAUGACCUGGAAAGAAACACUUGUUUUUCCUCCCGAGGUGCCAAUAUCUGAAAAGGCAAAGGAUUUAAUUCUCAGGUUUUGCACUGAUGCAGAAAACAGGACUGGUGCAAAUAGCAUUGAAGAAAUUAAGAGCCAUGCUUUCUUUGAAGGAGUAGACUGGGGCCAUAUAAGAGAGAGACCGGCAGCAAUAACCAUUGAAAUAAAAAGCAUUGAUGACACUUCCAAUUUUGAUGAGUUCCCAGAGUCGGAUAUUUUACAGCCAGGUAUGGACACGAUUCUUGUGCCAAACACCACAGAACCGGACUACAAAUCCAAAGACUGGGUCUUCCUAAACUACACCUACAAACGCUUUGAGGGUCUGACGCAGCGCGGCUCCAUCCCAUCCUACAUGAAAUCGGGAAAGCUAUGA